GACAGUGUGAGCUCAGCACGCGCUCGGUACGGAUAGGCCACUGUUCGGUGGUCUGCUAACGGCUCGUGUCGACUCCUCCUCAGAGCAGCAGUGAUUGCUCGCCCGCGUGAGCUGCUUCCUCCGAGGCCGUGACGGGCGGGCAGACGGGAAUGAAUAAUGGAAUGAAUGCGCGAUGUGUUGUGUCUAAAGUUGCGGACUUCACUAGUACAACCGCGUAACCCUGUGCAGAUAAAUUUCAGUUUUCUCAUUUUGCCAGCUGUCGGGGUCGGUUUGACAUGAAUAAACUGACUUUCAAUGAGUUUUAAAAUGUUGCGACUUCUUUUACGCGAGCAUGACAUCUGGAUCGUGCGCGCGCUGGACUUCACGGCAGGCUGAGGGCAGCUGUAUGUGCCAGAAGACGGAGAUGCAGAGCAGUGUGGGGACAGCAACCUGAGGAACGUGACCAACCCACAAUUCUGGCUCCAGACAUUACCAUCCAUCUUCAAAAUUUGUUGUUGGAUAACCAGACUGCACAUAGGAGAAAUUUUCCAGCAUCUUUAACAAACAAAAAAAACACACACAGGGCAUUUCGUGUUUGUGUGUGUGAAACCGUCUCGGACCUACGGGGAGUCCUGGAGUACUGUUACACUGAUAGCCACCCCUUAUGCAUGUUUUAUCUUCUGGGAGGAGAAAAGAGCCCUCCUUUUGUCAUCUAAUACCGCUGUAGGCCACACACGCUCUUGUCAUUUUCACUCACCUCCACCAGUUCAUCCACCAAAACACCAUCAGGUGCCGGUAAUUGUGCAGCUAAAACAAGAAGAAAGAGUUCAAUCCAUCAUCAAGAAAAGACUCGACUGUUGAUCAGAUAAGUAUUGGAGGACUCAGGAUCAACUUAACAGCUUAGUUUCCUCUUGAAUCUUUAACCCGGACAGUCCCCUCAGUUAGCCUCUCACCUUCCCUGGGAGCAGGGAAGUAACUGUAGCGUCUCUGUUUAUAAUCUAACCGGUGAUCACAGCGGCAGGGGUGGUGAGCCCGGAGCAUGACGGACACCCUUCGACCGCCGUCCCUCCAGGUGCACGUCCCCCGGGACGAGUCCAGCCACGGAGAGGAGGAGGGCGGUGGGAGCGGAGGCGGUCACGACAGCCUCGUCUGGUCCAGCUCGUCCACCCCCACCCUGCGGCGCCGGCGCUUUAAGAUGAGACGAAUGAAAAAGCUGCCCAGUGAGCUGGAGCGGCUUGAGAACGGCCUACUGCGGCACCCCGGAUCACGCUCGGCUUCCAAAGAGUACCUCCAGCUGCCCUCCAUCGAGAUCACACCAUCCAGCGACGAGGACGCGGCCUGGUCGAACAGCUCCACCCCGAGCGCCUCGCCCCGGCGCAAACGAUUCCUGCUGCGCAAGUGGCUGAAGGUGCGAGAGAGGAAGAAGCAAGGCAGUGAGAGCAGCAGUCAGCAGAGCAGUCAGCAGAGCAGCCAUGAGGACGAUUCCAGCCGCUUCCUGACUCCCUUCAUCCCUGAGGACAGCACAGCCAGUAACUCUAACCGGAGUUCCCCUGCCUGCUCUCCGGUUCUGCGGAAGCGCUGCCGAUCUCCCGUUCUGCAGAACGUCGAGACAGAUACCAUGGUGGAGAAAGGCUCAGAGCAGUCUGACACCUCCAAGUCCCCCUCCACCCCUGAGCAGCUGGUCACUCGCACCCUCUCCGGCCUGUCCACACGCAGCGGGGGCAAGAACUCCAAGUGUGACAGAUUAAACCUGAUUAAAAAAAGCCAGAGCUGGUACAACCAUGAGAGACAGCACAUUCUCCGAGUCCUCAGUCCCACGUACAAGCAGCGUAAUGAAGACUUCAGGAAGCUCUUCAAGCAGUUGCCAGACACAGAGCGUCUCAUUGUGGACUACUCGUGCGCUCUCCAGCGGGACAUUCUCCUGCAGGGCCGCCUCUACCUCUCCGAAAACUGGAUCUGUUUUUACAGCAACAUCUUUCGCUGGGAGACACUGCUUACAGUUCGGCUGAAAGACAUCUGCUCCAUGACGAAAGAGAAAACUGCACGUCUGAUUCCCAAUGCUGUACAGGUGUCCACAGACUCUGAGAAGCACUUUUUCACAUCGUUUGGUGCGAGAGACAGGACUUACAUGAUGAUGUUCAGACUUUGGCAGAAUGCACUGCUGGACAAGCCUCUCUGUCCUAAAGAGCUCUGGCACUUUGUACAUCAGUGCUAUGGAAAUGAGCUGGGUCUCACUAGUGACGAUGAAGACUACGUGCCGCCUGAUGAUGAUUUCAACACCAUGGGAUACUGCGAGGAGAUCCCGGCAGAGGAGAACGAGGUCAGUAAUGAUAACUCAUCCAAGAGCAGCAGUGAGAACAAGCCAGACAACAGUUCUCCUCCGUCACACAAGAGAUCCAUCACACACUCCACCACUCCUCCCAGCAGCACUGAUACACCACUGUCUUUUGAUAUUGCAGCAGAGGAGUAUACAGACUGCCUUCCUUAUGGAGAUCUGCUGGCACUCCCUCUGCUGGCCGAGGAGGGGAACAGCGAGCCGGCAAGUCCUCUGGAUCCUGUGCCACCACUGGCUCUCGACUUCAACGACAAUGAGGAUAUACCCACUGAUCUCAGUGAUUCCUCAGAGACAGAUGAUGAAGGUGAUGAGGUACAAGCUUUCCACGAGGAUCUGAACGGCCGCCAGUACAUUAAUGAGGUGUAUAAAUUCAGUGUUGAUAAACUGUACACCAUUCUCUUCACUGAGUCCCAGUUCAUGACAGACUUUAUGGAGCAGAGGAGAUUCACAGAUGUGGUGUAUCAUCCUUGGAAGAAGGAAGUUGCUGGAAAUCAGACCAGGGCCAUCAUGUACACAAUUUCCCUGACCAACCCGCUGGCUCCUAAAACAGCUACAGUUACUGAGACUCAGACUCUGUAUAAGGCCAGCCAGGAGAGUGAGUGCUACAUCAUAGAUGCUGAAGUCAUCACUCAUGACGUGCCGUACCACGACUACUUCUACACCCUAAACCGUUACAUGCUCACGCGUGUGGCCAAGAACAAGUGUCGGCUGAGGGUUUCUACAGAGUUGAGGUUCAGGAAACAGCCUUGGGGGCUGGUGAAGGGCUUCAUUGAGAAGAACUUCUGGAGUGGGUUGGAUGAGAACUUCAAAAGCCUCGAACUGGAGUUAGCAAAGAUGGAGGACGCUGUAAUGGAAAGCCACAGACUGUCUCCCAAAGCUAAAGCAGUGAACAACUCCAUCCUAAGACGGAGAAAAAGACCCCCCGCCCACCUGCGCACAGCCCAUCUAGAUGAGACCCUAAGUCCUGUUACCACACCGACAGACGAGGAGGUCAUCCACCGCAUUAAACACGUGGCAGGUUCCACUCAGACGAGACACUUUCCUGAGCACACACCAGGGGGCAGGAUUUUCUGCAACCUCUCUAAACCACUCCUCAUCAUCAGCUUUGUUCUGGUGCUACUGGUGUUUUUGAAUGUGAUGCUGUUCUAUAAACUCUGGAUGCUGGAGUAUUCUGCACAAAGCUUCUCCAGCUGGCAGGGCUUACGCCUACAUGAAAGGUACAACACGUGCUACAACUUCUUCACACCUACAACAAUACUGAGCCAAGACCCACCCACCAACAUCAAGACCCAUCCACAAUGCAGUAAACUGCCAUCUACACAGAUGGAAUGGGCACAGCUCCUGGAGUCCCAGCAGCGCUACCACGACGCAGAGCUGCAGAAAUGGAAAGAGAUUAUCAAAUCUUCUGUACUGUUAUUGGAUCAGAUGAAGGAUUCCUUACUGAGCCUACAGAAAGGUGUGGGUCUGCGAGGUUACAACUCAGCCUCCGACGAGAAGAGAAGUCGAUAUCACUGACACUUACCCUCCAGGCCACCAGGGCGCGCUGUGCAAUGUAGAGCCACUUAUAAAAAACAAAAGGCAAAAAACAAAGCGCUGAAAUGAGUGUGUACGACUAUGCAUACCAAACAAAAGAGACACUUGAUAGAGACCAGAAGAAGAAGAGAUGGACCAGAAACUCCAUAGUAGACAGCAAAUCCACAGUAUGGGGCUGUGUCUGUCCCAUGGAAUUGUGGGACAGUUGAAGUCCGAAUGGGCUCAUCACUGUUCCAGCUUUCUUUCAGGUUCUUUCUGAUGAAAUUACAGUUUGCAGAGGAACGUAAUGGACCUGAAGGGGGAAAAAAAAGAGCAUGCUUUUUUGAUUAUUUUUCAGAGGAAAAUGAUCUUUUAGAUUGGUUUUAAACUGUAACGACGCAGCUGCCAUGUCCCUUUUCCUGUUUGUGGGAGCUUAAUCUGCAGGAAGCAUUAUGAAAUCUAGUUCACUCAUGCUGUAGUAUCCGGGCUGGUUUCCCUGAUAAUCCUGCACUAGAAAUAGUUUCAUCCAAAGGGCCAUUCGCGCUAAUAACAGAGACCUUACAUUUCUGUGAAGCGUUGACCAUUAUGCUAAAGAGUUUUUGCACCAGAGAAAGAGUGUGAAAAGGGACACUGCAGCCAGGAUGAUGGAUGAAGUUGUUAGUUUUUGAUUACUAAACUGUGAUAUCUCCUGAUUCAUUUGAAGAUGUAAGAAUAUGUCUGAAAUAUAUAUACUUUAUUAGAGAUUUAAUAUAUAUUUCAUUAUAUAGAGAGGUUGUUGCAGAUAUUUAUUGAUAAUUUAUGUACAUAGAACACUUAUCAAAGCUCUAGAAAGAAAGAGUUUCUAAUUAUUCAACUGCGUUUUAUUCAGCGACACGCACAAGCAGGUUUGAGACGUGUCCGUGUGAGUGCGUGCGUGUGUCGUAAGUGGAUCUGUGUCUAUUUUGGUGAAUGUAAGAAUGUCCCUGUGAUGUUUUAAAUCAUUCCACUUGUAUGUCUUGUGUCUUCCUCCCGGCACAUGAAGCCAAACUGCCUUUUUCUUGCCCAGCAGCUCAGUCCACUGGGCAUCUGUUUACACAUCCACCUGGCUUCAGAAGGCUGAGUGGUCUAAAAAUGACCAUCUCAGCUCAACCCGAACUUUGUCUGCUGUGGCAGCAUUCCUGAUUUUAUUUUGUUUGAGGUUAGAGUUUGGACCAGGAACAAGCACUGGACUCACUAACUUUGUGUUUUAAUUUAUCAUAGCCCCUAUUUUGUCAUUUUAAAUCAGUCAAAUUAAAGAAAAGUUAUGUGAUGUGGUAAUGAUAUAUAUAUAUAGAGAUAGAGAGAGAGAGAGAGAGAGAGAGAGAGAGAGCACAAGUGCUCUAUCCUAAACCAAAUAUUAUAGAUGGUAGAAUUUAUUUAUACUGUAUAUAACAUAAAAUGCAACGAUUGCCUUUUUAUGCAGACGACAUGAAGAGAAGCAGCACUUUACAUCCAGGCGUUGAAGAUGGAGAGCCUGAUGUAUGAAAUAUAUGUUUCCUGGCACAUUGCUGGUAGCACAUACAGUAUGAUAAUAUUCCAUCUACAAAACACAUGAAGAGUUCAGAUGCAAAAGCCUCUAAGUGCCAUCUGAAAUUUUCAUCUAAAAUUAGGAUUUUUAUCAGGCUCCUAUAUUUAUAUUCAGUUAUUUCACUUUAAUAGCUUGGAAAAGGAUCUGCACAUCACAAUUAAAGUAAAAUGACUCAACCUAAGCAUAGGACCUUGAUAAAAAUCCUAAUUUUAGAUGAAAAUUUCAGAUGGCAUUUAGAGGUUUUUGCAUCUGAACUCUUCACAUGUUAUUGUAUUGAAUUUAUGCAAGAUGUUUUUCCCAGAACAUAAUCUGCUGUAAUGUGAUUUGAAAUCAUGAAUCGUGUUCCACAGUCCAGCAGUUUUCGAUUUGGAUCUUUCAAAUCCAUCUUUAGUGUUGCUCUGAGCAGUGUUUGAAUCUGGGAUUUUAUUCCAGAACGCAGCUGAACUACUGAGAUAUUUAACUGCGUAUUCACUGUUCAGAAUCGUCCCUCGGUUCUAAUUCUUUUAUUUUGGCAUUAGAGUGCAUCUGGAUAGGUUGAUGGGUGUGUAUUCUGCAAUAUGGAUUUGAUCUCUCUUUUUUCACUAUGUGUGUUUAGAGAAAAGAUGAAUUGGUUGCUCAUGGUUUGGUGUUUUGUAACAGUAAUUGGAAAAGUAAAUGAAAUCACAAUCAUGUUCACUGUACUGUAUGUGUAUAAGUGUGUGUGAAUGCCUCGUGAAAUUCUGUUUAAUGCAUUUUAAACACCACCUGAUUUAUUUUGCUAUACACGAGUAUACAUUACUGAGUCCAACUGAGCAAAAAAAUAUAAUUAACCUUCAGUCUGAUUGUUUUUGCUCAUAUGCAGCAACUUCUUGUAAUGUAUCUAUCCAAAGAUUUAAAUUUGCAUUUUGCAACAGAAAAAUAUGUAGUCACUAAGAGAUUUGGCUAUUGAAAUUAUGCUGAGCAUUUGUCAUCAAGUAUUCAGGCAAAAGAAAGAUUGUUCUAAAUUAUAUUUCAGAUUUUGAGAUUUUAGUGUCUACUGAUGUCAUUUCCACUGUACCUGUGCUAGUUACAUGAUCAAUAUGACAGUUUCCAGCAACAAACUGUCUCACUGUCUCUACUGUUAUUUUCUUGAAAGUGUGCUGAUUGAUUUCCACUGAUCUCCAUUUAUGGCAUCCCAUAACUUGUGUAGCAAUGACUUACUGUAUUUUUUACAUCUUUUUAGAGCUGCAUUUAUCUCUACAUCAGACUGAUUUGUACAUGUUCCCAUAUGCACAGUAUGUAUAAGACAAUAUGUGCAGUGUUCACUGAAACAAGCAGAGCUGUGCUGUGCACAGUUUUCCAUUCUUCCAACAACUUUGUCUAAUAGAGAGUCUGAUUCAGUGGCUCUCGGGUCUAUGUAGACAGAUUACAAAUAAUAACAAUAAAACAACACUGAGAAAAUACCUUA